CGUGUUUCACGCGAAGAGAAACGCAACCUUUCCUACAUCCCCGAACAUGAGGGCUUAAAUGGGAACCAUCAACUAGGUAACAGAAAUGUCUCUUCCAAGUGAAGAUAUGUCAAAGGAUUCAGAAAAUUGCAGACGGAGGUCGACUGCCGACAGCACAGAUACUGUGUGGGACCCCGAACCCAGACAUCACCAUAGGGGCUCCAUGUGUGACAGGCUGUGUGUGGCCAGCAUGCACCCCGAGAUUUUGGGCACCCCUUCGCCAAGCCUGUCCCAUCAAAUCAGCUUACUCACCCCAAGAUACGCUGGACAGAGAAGACACUCCUUCCCCUCGAAAGGCGUGCCCGGCUCUGAGGACGUGUGGGAGGAGGCUGCCUGCAAGACCACCAUCCGGGCGGAGAACGAGGUGGAGGCCCAAAAAGUGGCCAACAACUACAAGUUCGGCUUCAGGAAGUGGAAGAGCCACAUCACCGCCAGGCCCUUCGAGGACCGGUCGGACAUCGUCAAGGAACUUUACUCGGAGCUGAACGUCGUAAGGACCCCUGCAGGCUCUUUAAUAACAUGUGGAAAUGUGGCAUAUGUGGUGCUGUUUGGCUGGUGGAUAUCUUUAACCUAUUUCCUGGUCAGCGUUCUGAUGUUCAUCACAGUUGUUGGAGUCCCGUAUGGGAAGCUCUGCUGGAGGUUGUCUUGCUAUUUUCUGUGGCCAUUUGGGAAGGCAGUUGACAAGACCACCGGUGCGGUGGGGAGGUGCUGUGUGAUGUUCCCGAAUUGCGAGGCCAUCCCGGAAGUGGACGAGAUGAAGGAGACGUGCCCCCUGCUGCAGCCCACGCCUGUCGAGCUGCCCCAGGACCCCCACGAUCCCCAGCUGCCUCGCUAUUGGUGUCGAGUCAGCACCUACGUUUGGCUGCUGCUGGGGUACCCCUUCUUGUGCUUGGCGCACGCGCUGGCCUGCUUCCUGUCCUGGAUGCUGGUCUUCACCAUCCCCAUCGCAAAAAUGAACGCCCGGACCCUCUGCUCCAUCCUCCUCCUGGGCCCCGAGCAGAUCCACGUCGAGGAGGUCAAGAAGACUCCUCAGGGCUGUGAGUCUAGAGCUCUCCUCUGCUGCUACCACGCCUUCAACUGGUAUUACUACAAGUACACGGUGGAUGGGAUCAACGUCUUUGCCGUCAACCUCCUCCCCCUGGUCAUCGUUACCCUGGUGAUCGGCUACGCCGACAAGGGGGACCACUUCAUCAGCUCCGAGACCAAGUUCGCCACAGCUGUUUGCUCUAUCAUCCCUGUGUCCUACUACAUCGGCAUGGGCAUCGCCAGUAUCUCGGCGCAGAGCAACUUCGCGGUGGGGGCGGUGGUGAACGCCACCUUCGGCUCCAUCACGGAGAUGACCUUCUACAUCACCGCGCUACUGCGAGGACACAAGGCCGGGACCAAGUGCUUCGAGGAGAUCGUCAAGUCCGCCCUGACGGGGACCCUGCUGGGCUGCAUCCUCUUCAUACCUGGGAUCUGCAUGAUCAUUGGCGGCUGCAGGCACAGGGAGCAGAGGUUCAACAGCCGCUCGGCGGGGGUGAGCUCGGCGCUGCUCUUCAUAUCCGUGGGAGGCGUGUUCGCCCCCACGCUCUUCUCGAAGGCCUACGGUAACCUGGUGUGUGAGGGCUGCACCAACUCCACGGGGAACGAAAGCGGCACCUUCGUCUGCAAGAACUGCCACUACGACCUGGGUGAAAAUAACCACUCUCUGUUUCGCAGCCAUAUUGAGCCCCUGGUGAACACCAUUUCCGUCCUGCUGCCUGCUGCCUAUCUCAUUGGCCUGAUCUUCACACUGAAGACCCAUACGCACAUCUAUGACAUCCACAUCAGCGGCUGCAAUGCUCCUGGCCAUCAUGGCGCAGUGGUGCACUGGUCCCGAUGGAGGGCCUUGAUCAUCCUCAUCAUCGCCACGCUGCUGAUGUCUGCCUGUGCGGAUCUGACCACCGAGCACAUCAAGCCCAUUCUGGCCUACUCCAGCAUCUCGCAGUACUUCAUAGGUGUUACCGUGCUGGCGAUGGUGCCUGAAAUUCCGGAGAUUGUCAACGGAAUCCAGUUUGCCCUUCAGAACAACAUCAGUUUGAGUUUGGAAGUAGGCAGUUGCAUAGCAGUCCAGGUCUGCAUGAUUCAGAUCCCCUUACUGGUCUUAUUCAAUACUUUCUACGACGUCGGAUUCGUGCUUAUAUUCAGCGACCUGCACCUGUGGGCCAGCAUCUUCAGCGUGAUCGUCGUCAACUACAUCUUCAUGGACGGCAAGUCUGACUACUUUCAAGGCACUGCUCUGGUGGUGGUGUACCUCAUCCUGCUGGCUCUGUACUUCUUUGCUCCCACACCUGCUGGCUGCUGAUCCAGAGAGAGAGAGAGAGAGCGCCAUCAGGAGCUGCUGUCCCAAGCACCGUUCCUACAUCUUUCCCCUUCUCUUUCCACCCCACACCCCCCUCCUCUCAUGGUAGCCUUGCUGAGACAGCAGCUGCCCCUAGUGGUGACAUGAGGGACAAUGAGGAGGGGAUCUGCUUUUUGGAGCCCCUGUGUAGCCUCUGGUGUUUUGACAUACGAUCACGUCUCAGAUGUUUCUGUUCUCCCCUUAAUCUUAAUAUUAAAACGCACUGAUGAAUAUGUUUAAAAGAAAGAAAAAAAGGAAGAUGUAUACAUAGUUUUUUAUAGGAAUUUAGCAAUACUUUGUUAAAGGAGCAAUACUGAAUUUGUCAUGUGAAUGUCUAUUAAAACCCAGUCUAAUAUUUAAUUAAAAAAUGUUAAUUAUG